AUGCUAGAAUCUACAACAGAAUUUAGAAAUACGUUCAAAGAAUUAGGUAGUUUAAAACCACCGGGAGUAUCCGGCUCAAGAAUUAAAAACUUGAAGGAUUAUUUCCUUUCCCAUGUUGACGAUGAAGAUAACCUAGUAAAUAUUCUAAUCGAAGAAUAUAAUCAAAUCCCCGUAUCUAAUAAAUUAGGUCCAUUAUAUGUUAUUGAUGCAAUUACAAGAGGUUUAAUCGACGAAUGUGGUAGUAAUGUAGAAAUUAACGCAGACGCUCCAAACGGUACCGCUCCUGCAGCAAUUUAUAAAAUCAGUGAAAAAAUUGAAGAUUGGCUAAAUGAUGCUAUACCAAUGGCUAAUGAUGACGUUAAAGAUAAAAUCUGUAAAUUAAUAGACAUUUGGAUUAAUUGCUCUACUUUUAGAAUUGAAUUAUUGAAUAGUAUCAAGGAGAAAUAUUUUAAGACUUUUACCCCUCCUGGUACACCACCUAGAAAGAAGGCUCAAUUAUCGACAUCAACCUCAACCUCAACAACAAAUGACGGGGGCUCUACCAAUUCGUCCAUUAACAAAGAUCCAACUUCUGUUUUACAAGCUUUGGCUAAUUUGGCAAAGAGCACCUCCAAAUCAAAUAACGCCAAUAAUACAUCCAACACUUCUCCCUCUUCUUCUACCAUUACUACUACGAAGAAAAACGACACAAAUGCUACAAACUCAGUAAACAACUCUAUUUCUUCCCCACCUUCUUCAUCAUCAAAUAUAUCUAACGAUUCAAACGCUUCCAAUCCAAAUGCAAUUUUCCAACUGCUACAAAAUAUGAAUAAAAUGACAAACACUCCAAGUAAUAAUCAAUCUAAUGAAGAUACUUUCAGAGAUAGGAAUGAUAGAGGUCGAGGAAGUGGUCAUACUAGUUCCUCAAAUAGUAAUUCUUCUUAUAAUGACCGGAAGAGAGAGAGAUCACCAAAUCGUGAUAGUAAUAAUAAACCAGGCCAUGAUGGUGAAAGAAACGAACCUAGUAAUCCACAUUUCAGACCAAAGAAAUCUUUUAUUGAUAAUACCAUCCCUCAAGGCUGUAUUAAUGUUUAUUCUAGAACCAUCUUUAUUGGUGGGGUUCCACAUUCGAUGGAUGAUUAUCAAUUAAUCCAAACUUUAAAACCCUAUGCGGAAGUUCAGACUUGUAUCAUAAAUACCGCAAGAAAGCAUGCAUUUGUUAAAGUAUAUUCAAGAGCCGAGGCCGAUCAGGUUAUCCAGGCCUUUUCUGUGUCACACCCUUCUGGUUUACGUGCCAGAUGGGGAGUUGGUUUUGGUCCAAGAGAUUGUUGUAAUUACCAAACAGGUAUAUCUACAAUUCCAAUUCAACGGUUGACCGAUGCUGAUAGGAAAUGGAUUUUAUCUGCAGAAUGGGGUGGUACGACUCCAGAUUUACCCUUACAAAGUGGGUUGUUUAUCGAAGAGCCUGAUAUUGAAGUUGGUCACGGUGUAUCAUCGAAAUCCAUAUCAAGGAAAAUGCCAACAAAUUCGGCAUUUAAUGGUCCAAAGUCUGAUAAUAGAGGGCAUAACAAUAAUGGAAAUAAUAAUAACAAUCAUGGUGGUUACAACAACCAAAGAUUCAAUCCAAACCAUAUGCCUUUAAAUGGUAGCUAUGGCCAUAAUCAAUUCAUGCAGCCACCGAUGCCACAGCAACCAAUGAUGAGCGGGUAUCCUCAACCAACACCACCUCAACAUCAUCAGCAGUUCCCACCUAUGGGUGGUGCUCCGCCACCGCAUGGAAUGCCGCCAAUUCCAGGAAUGGGCUCUCCACAGAUGAAUAUGCCCGGCAUGAACAUGAACAACCAACCACCAAUGGAUCAGUCGCAAAUGAUGCAAGCAAUGAUGCAAGCGAUGUCUCAAAUGCAGAAUCAACAAGGUGGCUUACCACCGGCGCAAGCCCAAGCACUACAAGGAAUGAACAGUGCACCAAAUUCAGGUAAUGGUAGUAAUGGUACACCAGAUAUGAAUGCAAUGUUCCAAGUCAUGGCUAACAUGAUGCAACAGCAGCAACAACGUCCGCCAUCUUCACAGUAG